AUGGCACAGAUGGAGCUGCUGUGGGCAGCUGCUGUGCUGAUGCUGCUUGGGGCUGCCAUCAGCCUCUGUGUCAAGUGCCAGCUCUCUGCCACCAAGCGAGAGAAGCAGCUGAGCAAGCAGAGGAGCCAGCUCCAAAACCAGCGGAGAUUCGAGGUGGUUCGAAACCACUCCAAGGACCACCUGAAAGGGGAUGCUGUCUACGUGGAGCCCAUAUCUCUGGAUUACUACAACUGUGCCAGGUUCUUCACCCCACCCUACGAGAAAGAGGAGGAUUCCCAUUCCUAUCAGAAUGUCAUCAUUGGGGUGUCUUGUGGCUCUGGUUCAGUCACAGAUGAUGCUGAGGACUACGAGAACAGCACAGCCAUAUACAAAUGGAAAGUGCAGCAAGCAGAAGCUCUGCAGGCAGAAAGCUCGGAUGAGGAGCCAGACUAUGUCAACACAGCCCCUGUGUCAGGCCCUGCCCCUCUGUCAAAGCAAAGGUAA